AUGUCAGACCGUCAUCCCACUCUGCUCCAGCCCUACUCUGAGCGGGCCAAGACGGCCACUCACCCACUCUCCCGGUACCUCUUUCGGUUGAUGGACCUCAAGGCCUCCAACCUCUGUCUCAGCGCCGAUGUCACAACGGCUCGGGAACUCCUCGCGCUUGCCGAUAGGGUCGGCCCGUCCAUCGUCGUUCUCAAGACUCACUACGAUUUGAUCUCGGGAUGGGACUACAACCCGCAGACCGGCACUGGCGUCAAGCUUGCCGCCCUCGCCAGAAAACACGGCUUCCUCAUCUUUGAGGACAGAAAAUUCGUCGACAUUGGAAAGACAGUCCAGAUGCAGUACACAGCCGGCACUGCCCGCAUAAUAGAAUGGGCACACAUUACCAACGCCAACAUCGACGCUGGCAAGGACAUGGUCCGCGCCAUGGCGGAAGCGGCGGCCAACUGGAAGGCACGCAUUCACUACGAGGUCAAGACGUCCGUCUCUGUUGGCACACCAGUUGCUGGCCAGUUUGAUGAUGGGGAAGAGCAAAACAAUGGCGGGAGCGACAGGGACUCUGACGGGCGAAAAGGAAGUAUCGUCUCCAUCACCACCGUCACUCAGUCCUUUGAGCCUGCUGACUCACCGAGAUUGGCCAAGACCAACGAGCAUGGCGAUGAGCUCGUCUUCCCCGGCAUCGAGGAACCGCCAAUGGACCGCGGACUGCUCUUAUUGGCGCAAAUGUCGUCCAAGGGCUGCCUGAUGACCAAGGACUACACCCAGGCCUGUGUCGAGGCCGCUCGCGAGCACAAGGACUUCGUCAUGGGUUAUGUAGCGCAAGAAGCCCUCAACUCUGCUCCAGAUGACAACUUUAUCCACAUGACUCCUGGCUGCAAGCUACCACCACCGGGCGAGGAGGAGAACGGACAUGUCGAGGGCGACGGCUUGGGCCAGCAGUACAACACCCCGGCCAAGCUCAUCACCCUCCUCGGCACUGACAUCGUCAUUGUGGGACGUGGCAUCAUCCAGGCCGCGGACCCCCCGACAGAGGCUGAGCGCUACAGGAGGAAAGCGUGGAAGGCGUACCUGGCUCGUCUGAGUUAA